UUGGCACUGAAAGGCAGCUCUGAUGGGCACUGAUAUGUGGCAUUGAUGUGCACUGGUAUGUGGCACUGAUGGGCACUUACAGAGGCGGACUGACAACUCAUGGGGCCCCUGGGCAAUAGGGGAUCAUGGGGCCCCUGUGUCCUUGCCCAAACUCAAAAAAGCUUAUGAAAAAAGGUACCAGGGGCAUCUCAUGGGGCCCCCUACUGACCCCGGGCAGUGCUUGAAUGGUCAGUCCGCCCCUG